ACCUACCUACCUAGAGGUACCUAGUCUUAAACGUCCUUCACCACAUCUAUAGCUUCGAAACAUCGAAGCCCAAACGUACACGACCACGCAGGGCAUCUAGUGCAAAGCAGCGAUGCGUUGCCAGCGUCAAUACGGCAAUACCGAUGUCUGCCCUCUCCAAUGGCGUCGAUACCACUGCUUCGUCGUCGAAGAUGCCCUCCACAGCUCCAACAAGUACAGCAGCUAAAGGCGCCCUCAGCAAUAAUAUCACCACCACCAACCCCUCGUCGUCGAAUCCCUCUUUAAACAGCGCGAAUGCUGCGACCAAAUCCCACGAUAGGACAACAGCACCGCUCUCCCUUCGAUUGCCACUAAGGAGCAUCACCAACCCCCAAAAUGGCAGCAACAACAAUCCGACCACAGCAGCAGCAGCAGCAGCAGACCCGGUCCUCGCGGCCUUGCGCACCGCCUCGUCCUCGUCCGACAUCCGCGCCGCGCUCGCCGCCCUGCACGUCCGUGAAUCGUCCCUGACGAGCCGCUUAUCCUCCGUCCUCGCCUCGCACCAGGACCUCGCCCGCUCGCUCUCUCGCCUUGACAAUUUGCGCGCCGGCCUCGGCUCCCAGGUCAUCGCCGCCCGCAGCGUCAGCAACAACAUGCUGGCCGGCGCCGCCGACACGGCCAGCCACCUGUCCAGCCGCGUGCGCCAGCUCGACCUCGAGAAGCAGCGCGUCGAGGAUACCCUGCGCGUGGUCGAGCUGGUGGCUGAGUUGAAAGCAUGCGUAGCCGGAGUGGUCGGCAGCAUGGGCGCACCGCAGGACUGGGAGGCUGCUGCGGGGUAUAUUGCAAGGGCCGCGAGGGUCCCGGAGGAGAUUGUGAGAUCAGGAUUCGCGGCUGCGGUGGUGCCGACUGUUGAGGUGCCUGACGCCCCUUGGGUGACGUUGGAGAACGCAAGGGAGAGCUUGUGCGUGUUGUUCUUGAGGGAGUUUUGGAAGGCGGCGAAAGAGGAUGAUCCGGCCAAGAUUACGCGGUUCUUCAAGUUGUUUCCGUUGAUUGGGCGGGGUGAUGUCGGGUUGGAUGCGUAUGGGCAGUAUGUCUGCCAGGGCGUGGCGAAUAGGGCGAGGGCGAUUUUGAAGGAUGGUGUUGGGGCGGUGGGAGGAGCGGCUAAUGCCAAUGCCCCGCCGACGCUUCGGCCGAAGAAGGACGGUAUCUUCUAUGCCAAUGCAUUGAACCUGCUGUUUGGACAUAUUACACAGAUCGUCGAUGGCCAUGGCGGGCUGGUGGAGAGGCACUAUGGCGGGGGCAAGAUGAUCAAGGUUAUUGAGCGGUUGCAGGGCGAGGCAGAUGUGCAGGGCGGCAUCAUCGUGGACUCUUGGAGUGAUGAACGCGGUGUUGACCGAGCAUUGACGGAUGUGAAGAGUUAUCCAUUCUCGUUCCUUGUGCAAAGCUUCCUACCCCAGAACCGUGGGUUUGGAGCUCCACCACGCCUGAACUCGCCUGCUCCCGGCACCGAUGGUCGCAACAGCGAAGAUGAGGGUGUCAACAUGAGGGAGGUAGAUGCUCUACUCAGCGAGAUUGCCAUCAUGUUGAGCAGGUGGUCUGCCUACUCCCAUCUCCUUGCUCAGAAGUGCACGGAGCCUGGAGUUUCAGAAGAUGCACCACUAACCAUGCCCGAGGUGCUCACCAAAUCCAAUCUGAACCGAAAGGUUUCAGGCAAGCUUGUCAUGCCCUAUAAUGUUCUAACCACUUUCUUCUUCCGGCGAUCUGUCGAGAAAGCGUUCCAGUUGGACGAGUGGCCAACUGGAUUGUCCUUGAGGAUGAGCAAACCUAUCGACAGCAGUCCACCAUUCAUCAUCUCGGCAGUUGAAGAUGUCAUGUACAUCGCGAACACCGUGAUCAUCAGAUCUAUCUCUACGUCUCAAAGAGGCGUUAUCGAUUCUGUCCUCCCUACAAUAUCGAGCUUAUUGGGCUCGGACUUUGUUGGUAUGAUUCAGCGCAAGAUGCGCGACGAGUGCUACCCCAAGCCUGUGAUUCAAGGCGGGUUUCCACCAGAAGACAAAAUCAUCCAGUUCAUCGUACUCAUCAACAGUCUCGACAUGGCCGAGGAAUAUCUCUCCCGCAUCAUCACCGGUAUCCUGACUCCGGGAGAACAAUCAGUCAACGGCGGCAACGGAGCUUCCUCGCAGCCCAACUCCCUCAAGAACUCGUUCCCAUUCAAGAACGACCUCAAAGAAGUGACAACCCGCCUGAACAACCUCCACCACUCAUUCACAGCAAAGGCCACAGAGCUGCUCAGUGAAGGAAUCAAAGUUCUUUUUAGCCAAGUCGUUCGACCACGUCUGCGGCCUAUUCUCUCCGACACCUUCCGCGACGCCGACUACACCAUGACGGAGGAAGAGCUCCUCGACCUGUGCGCUGCGAACGACGAAAACGAGGACGACGUGCUCGAGCAGGUGACGCGCCGCUUCGAGGAGGGCUGGGACGCCCUCAUGAAGCCCAUUGCGCGCCUCAUGACGUCCAAGACUUUCAGUACCGUCCUGGACCACACGGCGCAGCACCUGGCGCGCUGGCUGGAGAAGCGCGUGUGGAGCUACGCGGGUUCUCAGACUAGGGGAGCGAGCCCGUAUGGCGCCAUUAGGAUGGAGAGAGAUUUCAGUGGGAUUAUUGGCACCAUCAGCAAGGGCAACUAUGCGGUGCGCGAGGUGUUUGGGAGGACGUUGCAGAUAUUAAUGGUGGCGAAUAUGGAGGAUGAAGAGUGGGAGGAGCUGAUUGUUACAGAUGGGGCCGGGGGGGAGGAUGGGGAGGAUGGUAUGUUGUGGGUCCUUAGUGAAGAUGAAAGGAGGAAGGCGAGGACGAUUGUUAGGGUGGCAUAGGUUCUUGUGAUGUUCCAAAAGCAUUCCCUCCACAGCACAGCGCCUGUUUUCGUUUUUUUCAUUUUUCUUGCUGUUAUCAACCAUAUAUAAUAUAUUUUGGGCGUUUCUUGUUCCGUUCGACUGCCA